GCCCCUAGCUCCCCGAGAGCGCCCCUCGGAUGCUGCUGGGGAGACCCUCCGGGCCUCUCUUUGGGGCCUCUGGGGCCCGCGGCUCAGACAGCAACAGCCGCCAGUCCGGCCGCCCCGAGCCGCCGCCGCGGGCUCAACUCCACCCGGCGGAGCCCGGCGCGCCGCAGCCACACAAAAGAGGCGCGAGGGCCGGCGGCGCGGCCGCAGGGGCCCGCCCGGGAGCGCCGCGCUAGGGGACGCCGGGAGCUGGAGGAUGAGCGGCGGAGAGGAGGGCUCCGAGGCGGGAUGCGGGAUGCGGAGGACCUGACACUUCUUGGAAACUCUUGGAAAUGGCUCCCGCCACAGCGCCGGCGGGGACUGCGAGCCUGGGGCGGGCGCUCGCCCCCGCGGGGCUGCUGAGCCGCGCUCGGAUGCAGGGCCCCGGGGCGCUGUCCCUGCGCUCCGCCGUCGGCUCGGGCUGAAAAAGUUUCUCCAUGGUUCCUUUGUGUCACCCGAGCGCCCGUUCGCCGGCCCCGACCUCCCUCGGUCUCCCUGGAGGCGGACUCCCAGCUGCUGCACUCAUGUGACUCCAGCUAACAUCAAUAAGCAGACCAAAGCCAGGGGCCAGGAGGUCGCCGCCCUGCCAGUGAGGGGCCGGGGUCGAGGACCUGGGUUGGGUACCGGGCACAGCACAGCGCUCCCAGCCUGUGGGAUCCGAGCCUCCGAGCCUCAGAGUGGGGCUUAAUCCAUCAUGAGCGGAGAACUUGAAUGUCUCUCUUGGAAGCAGUUGUAUUUUUAGACAUCCCUCCUUUGCUUCCCCCAUCCUCCAUUCUUUAACCACGGUAAGACCAGCUCCAGGCAGUAAAUUGCGAGGGCAGCCAAGCUGGACUGCUAAGUUUGUUUUCUUUCAUUAGGUAUAAAGGAAAACCUCAAAGGUGGGUCUCCCGUGGCAUCUGACCUUUGUCUGUAUUUCGUGUCAGAUGAUGAUACAUUAAAAGGGAGUACAGCCUUCAACAGAGCUGAAGGAAUAAUAAACGAGGGAUUUAAUUACUAGCUAUUAAACUCAUUUUAAAGAUGUGCGGUAAAGGACUGUUGAAAUCCAUUCCAACCUUCCUUACAUUCUACCGGAGCCAAAGCUGCCUUGCUGACGAGAAAUCGAAGUGGGUUUCCUCCUCCCCCAAGGCAUCCAGCCUCCCGGUGCACCUGAUCAAUGCCCAACAAAACAUGUAGCCUUUCUGCGGUGGGAGAGCCACCCUGCCAACUGAGUCUGAGUUCGCUUCUAAAAAAUGUCUGGUCCUUAAAGCCUUCUUAAGAUAACCACGGAUCUCCAGAUUAUUUAAGAUGCUGGACUCCAAGGAUCACUUAAAACAACAGUCUCUAUGUUACAGCCACAUAAUAAAUGUGCUUACUUAUUUGGGAUUAGAGAUAGACAGUAAGCUCUUUUUUUUGUUUGUUUCAAUCUGUACUUACUGGUGCAGCUUAAAGGUUUAUAGAUGUAUUCUCUAUACUGACCCCUCUCUUAUCUACCUGGUGCUUCUCUUUACUGAAACCCAGCCAAGUCCCAAAGAGAUAUUGAUUUGCAAAUAUUGCAAAGAGCUGAUUACCAUUUACAUUCCCACUGAUGGAGAAAAGAUCCUGCCUAUAUUGAUAUAAUGGAGGAACUCAAGGGCCAAAGCCUUUCACCCAAUCACCAAUUAAAAGCAAAAUUCUACCUACCACACAUUUUCAAGGGGGAAUUUAUUCUAAAACAUGAAUUAUCUGAUAAAGGAUAGAAGAGCAAAAGGCUUGGGCGUGAUAUCUAAGUCUUUCAGUUCAUACAAUGUCCUUGAUUUUAGCAUCUCAUAGGAGGGAAAACAACUAAUGGGACAGAAAAUGUUCUACUCUGGAGAUACAGCAAGACUGUAAUUUUUAGAGGCUGCCGAAUAACUACAAAUAUGCAUUUGUGAAUUUACCUACCCAGGCUUUAUUACAAACAACUAAAUAAACUUCCUAAGAGUAGUCCAUUGAUUGUUGCCACCCUCCCUUCCUAAAAAUGACCUCAUGAGAAAGGGAUAAGGGGGAAAAACAAAACAAAACAAAACAGUUUUGGCUUGGGGGAAAUGUCAUUCUACAAAUCAUCAUAUUAUGUAGACGGCUUUACCUAGUUAGUUGCCUACUCAUUUGAAUACUGGGACUCUGUAGCAUGCUCUUGGCACCUUAAUAAGGGGUCAGAAAGCUAUUAUGGCAGAGUGUUAGUUGUUUUAAUUGUAAUUUUCCCAUAUGAGAAAAAGAUCUUUCUCUUGGAGAUUCCAGGGGACUUCUCAAAUUCCCUGAUGAAAUCUGACACAUGAUACCUUUAAGGGAGUUCCUCUGAGGGAGGAAAGAAGGCCAGAAGGAAGAGCUCAGUUACAUAAGCAGUUACCUAAAACUAAAUAUUCCACCCCAAGAAGCUGUCCAGAUGUUGCUGAGAGGAGAGAAGGCUGUGCAAGGGAUCUGCCUGCACAUAGCUGUAGGAACAGGCAUAGGUGGGAGACAACUUUGUGAAGGGAUUUAUUGUCAGAGUAUUGCAAUAUCUCUGCUGCUUCCCCAGUGGUGAACUCUCUAUUAAUUAUCUGAAGUAAAUAAACCGCCUGCCUGCCAUUAUAUGACCUUUGAUUUUCAUCCAGUGAAAUAAAUUCCUUUGCCUUUAUACAGUAGUAACUUUCCUGACUGUUUUAGUGACUUUGGGCCACACAUUGACAGAUUCCCCAGCUUAGAGAGACUUGAAACUCCUGUGACAGCUCCCUUGAAAAAUCUUCCAAUUCCUGAAGGACUGAGGGAAAGAAUCUUGCCAGGGAAGUCCUUAACCACUACUUUGAGUCCCUACAUUUAGGUUUUACUAAUGGUUGGAACUCCAUUGUUCAUUUCAAACCCUCAUAUUACCAUGGAGUGUGUGGAGGAGAUGGGUGGGGAGCGAGGAGAAGAAGGCAUAUUCUCAGAUGGUUUUAUCACCACAUAUUAGUUAUUGCAAUGUUUUAUAACCACCUAUUAGUUGUUGCAACAACGUUUCCCUUCCCUAAUGUCUACCUGGCCCCAGCCUCUGUACACGGCCUUGUUUCAGUUAGUGGAUAAAGGCCCUGGGGUGGGGGGCACACACGGAGUGGGAUCUGGGAGUAGGGCAGCUGCAGCGUGAGAUGUCACUGCAGCCAAGCUGACACCCUCUGACUGUCUUCCUCUGCUUUGCAGCAGGAGGAGGUGGCUGAGCAGCUAGUGGGCAGUUGGCGCCCUCCCUGUGCAAGCCUCCAUCCCAGAGGCUAGUCCUGCACUCCAGGAGUUCGCCAUGAUCGCCACCGGCGGCCUGCUAAGGAUUUCCGCCAGAAAGCAGGAUCCACUCCGCCCCCCAAGCCAGAUACCCAAGCGCAAGCGGAAAGCCAAGAAGAGACGCAAGAACGACGUGGUGGUGGUGAAAGGCAAGCUGAAGCUGUGCUCCAUCUCAGGGCUCAUCGCCCUCUGUGGGAUCCUGGUGCUGCUGGUGGGCAUAGCCAUGGCGGUGGUGGGCUACUGGCCCAAGGCCACCGGGACCAAUCGGGAGGGGGGUAAGCAGCUGCCGCCUGCGGGCAGCAGCCACCGCGUCCCAACCACGGCCAACAGCAGUAGCAGUGGCAGCAAAAACCGGUCCAGGAGCCACCCUAGGGCUCCAGGGGGUGUCAGCUCCAGUUCCGCGGGCGCGCCCAGGAGCACGCCUCCAGCACGAGCCGCCUCCCCUUCCUCCUCCUCCACGUCCGUGGGCUUCUUCUUCCGCAUCUUCUCUGGCUACCUGCACUCUGACAAGCUCAAGGUCUUCGGGCCCCUCAUCAUGGGCAUCGGCAUCUUCCUCUUCAUCUGCGCAAACGCGGUCCUCCACGAGAACCGGGACAAGAAGACCAAAAUCAUCAACCUGCGGGACCUCUACUCCACCGUCAUCGACGUGCACAGCCUCCGCGCCAAAGACCUGGCGGCCGCCGCCGCGGCCGCAGCCGCCUCUUCGUCGUCGUCUGCCCCCGCCGCGGCGCCCCCCGGGGCCAUACCGCUCAACGGCUUCCUCAGCUACGUGCAGUCGCGGGGCCUGGAGCUGAAGCCCGGGAGCUGCGGUGGCGCCGGGGACGCCUUCGGAGCGGCGGCGAUGCUGGCCAAGGGCUCGUGGCCUCCUCACCCCGCGGCGCUGAGCGGCGGCCGCCCUCGGGGCGCCGCGUCCCCGCCGGACCUGGCCUCUUCCCCGCGCUGCCCGCGGGAGCCCCCGAGCCUGGUCGAGGCCGUGUACAGCGUCUACCGCGAGCGCUCGGGCGUGGCAGGCCGUCGCCGGGCCGCCGCUGCCACCGCCGCCGCAGCCGCUAGCAGCUGCAGCAGUCCGGCGCCCUGCAGCCCACCCGAGAGCUGGGGGCGCCAGAGCACCGCCAGCUCCUUCGUGGACUCCUCGCUGAGCGCCUUCGCGCUGCUGCCCUUGCAAGGGGACCGCGAUAGGGGCGGGGACGCGGAGGGCGCGAGCUGCAGCUGGCAGAGGCCUCCGGGGGAACGCGGCUCCCAGGAGAUCCCGAGGGGCGAGCUCGACCUGAGCAUGACCAACCUCCGCGGCGCAGAGGGCAGCAUGCGCGGGGCGCGCCAGGAGCUGGAGGAGCCCGAGGGCGCGGUAGCGGCGCGCGCCGCCAGGGGGCAGGGCGGCCGCCUGCCCAGGACCGGCAGGUACGCGGCCUUGCGGCGCCGCAGCACCAGCGGGCUCCCGGACUACCGGGCGCCGCCGUCCCCCGAGCCCCCGCCCUCCCCGGGGAGUGCGGACCCGGACUCCAGCCCUCUGGCCAAAGCCGCCUCCCCCUCGCCACCCCUGCGGCUGGAGGGCUCGCCCCCCACCAGGCGGGACUCCGGGAGCUCCCAGUCGGAUGACCCAUCCAGCAGCAAUAAGGGCUACACACCCCUGCGGGAGGCCGGCACCUCCACCGAGUCGGUCUUGGACGCAGUAGCUGGUCAAACGCGAGACUCUGUGGCCGCCCCCGUUCUGGGUGCGGAGCAGAGCUCGCCGGAGGGUGCCAGCCAGGAGCCACCCACGGCCGAGCAACCUCAGCCGGUGCAGAGGCAGUUUACAAACAAGGAGAAACUCAUCAUGAUUUCCAGGUCUCAUGCCAUAGGGGUAGAAGAAGAACUGGAAAGCACAGGCAUUUAGAGAAAGGGGUGGGUUGGGGAGGAGGAAAGAGAAAAUGGGAGAAACGCCCACUUGAAUCAGUGCAUUAACAGGUCCCUGUUUCUUUUGUGGACUGAUCCGAGGACAUCAUUCAAUAUCCAAAGAGCUGCAGAAUGUUAUCCUUGAAUUGCGUCCACAAGAUUCCUGUAGAUAACUCCAAGGAUUUUUUUUUUUAAGCAAACUAGUCUUUUUAUGUCCGAUGGUGAUUGUAUGUUCAAUGAAAACCAAAUGUAUUAAAAGGUCAGCAAUCUAGUCCAUUAGAUAAAAUCUUUUAAUUUUCUUAGGAUCAAAAUAAUAUAUUUUUGACAGUAACUGUGCACUUUACUCCAACUUUUUUUUUAAUCCCUAAUUUCCCGACCCCUGUACUCUGCGCUGGUUUUGCCCACAGCUGCUUGCGAAUGGCAGGCUUUUUUCUCCCUUCCUUUGCGGAACAUAGAAGAGUUUGUCUCAGUUCUCUUAGAAUUGAUGUUACUAACUGAAGUCAAAGCCAAAAGCAUGAAUAAUUCAGGAACGAGCACUUUCCUUGCCCCACCCCACUGUGCUCACCACCCAAUGCCCAAAAGCUUCUUCAUUUUUAAACGGGUGUGUACGUUUUGCUACUAGGGUAUGUGGUGGAGACUGGAGGGGACCAGGAACUAGAUGGACUGUUACAUUCCGAAAUUUAUAUCAAGUACACCAUGCUUUAUUGAGUGUUAUCACACCUGUAUUGAAAAUAGCAUUAAUAUUUAAAAUCUUUUUUAAUAAAAGAAGUUUCCGAACAAACAGUUAAACAUAAUAUUGCCUCAUUUGCCUUGGAGCUAGCUCAUCUGGUACCUCUGAAAUAUUUUGCUGUGACACCGCUACCAAGACUGUUGUGAUCUUCCCCCAAAGUACUCAGCACCAUUGUCGCAUGUCCAGCGUAUUUUUAAGCUUAAAAUGUAGGGUAGUAUUUAACAUUUGGGAAUUUAUCUUUCAAAUAGAAUGAAACGUUAAGUAAAUAGCAAUAUGCCUAUGAUACUUCUCAUUUACCUGCAAGUAUUAAUUUGCAGAGCACCAGGCUUAAUAUUCUCUUCCCAUCCUCUUGGAUAUCACUGAUUAUAAGUUAAUGGUCUUGAUCCAUGGCCUACAUAGACAAAAAGAUAAUGUUUUAAUAAUUUGGUAGAUUGUUUACACUUGAUGUCAUUAAAAGUGAAUUAGUUAAUUUUCAAGACCAGGAGACAAGAUGUGGUCAUUUUGGUCUCCUUGGGCAAAGCGCUAGUCCUGUAGACAGAGUGCAGAUUCAGAGCUGAGAUUGGACCCAGCUGUUGGCAUCUCCUAGCUGUGAGGCCUUGUACAAGUCACAAACUCUGAGUCUCAGUCAUCUUUCUGUAAAAUGAAGAGAACCAGACAUAUCUCAUGGAGCUAUGAGAGGAAUAGAACAGGGUCAGGGUCAGAGGAGGGUUUAUAUGUGUGGAGUUUACCAGAACCCUUGGCCCACAGGAUGUAUUCAAUAGAUGGGGGUUAUUGUAAUUAUUAUUACCAUUAUAAUAUAUUGCUGAAUGCAUAGUGUAGAAGAAUGGACCUUCCUUGAACUUGAGCUCAAGAAAGUCUAGUCUGAAAUCUGGGAUAUCCACCUAUUAUCUGUAUAACCUUAGACAAAUCACUUAAUCCCUCUGGGCCUCUGGUAGAUGAUAUAAUCUCUAUGAUCUUCAGCUCUAAAAGCCUUACUUAAAUUCAGGCUCUUGUCCUGGAUGUAAUCAUAUCACAUUUGUACCUACAACUUGGCAAAGAGUGAAUAUACGUCAUCAAUUACCAUUAGCUCAACAUUCUGUAAUACACUUUAAAAGGGCCUAAUUUAUUCUCAGAUUGGAUCUGCAUUAAACCAGUAACUCACUUUAAGGCUGUAGAUUAAUAUAUUGGGCUCUUCUAUAAAGCAAAAGUGAGUUUGCACUAAGGAGUGACAUGCAAGUGUAAUAAGACCUCAAGGUAGUGUUAAAUUUCAACAGUCUCAAUUGCUUUAUCACACUUCCGAAGUAAAUGUCAAACUUCCUUAGGUUUUCUUCUCCAUUACCUUGGGUACUGGGUAAUUUAUAUACUGAGAUAGCGUGUUACUUCAAGGGGAAAACAGGUUCUGGUGUUCUACAAUACUGUUUCCAGUCCUCGGAGAAUGCACUGUAAAUGCUACAUUUAUCAAAUGCUAAGUGACAUUUAGCAAAUAAUAAAGCUAAUACCUCUUAGCUUAACUAAGGAGGGGUGGACAGAAUACUGUUUAUGUCUCACAAACUUAGUUCCAUAUCAGAUAAUAUCUAACUUAACCAUUGAACAAUUUAACUAGAUUUUUUUUCUGAAGAUAGAAAAAGAUGAGCUCAAUUUUCCAAAUCUUGGGAGGAGCCUGUGAUUUCUUUAGACUUCAGAGGAAGUGUAUAAGUGUAGUAAUUCACAAUUGUAACUUUCAUAGGAGCAGAAAUCUGCAAUAAUGCUAAUUUUCACUCAGUACUUACUGUGGGUUCAGUACUAUUGUAGGAGCUUGGUACACAUGAUCUCAGUGAAUCCUCACAGCAACUCUAUUGAAGUAGGAUCAUUCUUACCGCUGUUUUGCAGAGAAAGACACUGAGGUCAGAAAGAUGGAAUUGUUGUCCAGGGUUACACAGCUGGUAAAUGGUGGAUCCAGGAUUUACACAGAGUUUGGAAGAUUAGGUAGACCUGUCGGCAGAUGCUGAGUUGAAAUGGGCAUUUCUGGAGACCAUCAAAAUACUUUAUAUAUUCUUUAUUUCCUGCCAGAUCCCUUUCCAGACCAUUCUUAGAGAAAUGCAGAAAAUUGUCAGAAUGCACAGUCAGAUAAAAAGCUGGAGUUUGUAAAUCUUCAGACGGGCAUGAACAAGUUUUUUUGUAAGUGACUUUUCAGGGGGUUUUGUACACAAUAAAUAAGAGUAUUUGAAAGGGCCUUAUAGAUGAUAGAAUCCCCCCACCUUUAAUUUAUAAAUGAGGUUUCUAAGAUUUAGAAAGAUGGAACAAUUUAUUCUGAGACAAACAGCAGUGGCAGGACACGAAUGUUAAAUUAAAAUAAUUGCAACAAUUGGUGUGAUGGUAUUUUUUCCCUGAAUUUCUGUCAUGUACCAGCUGGGUGACCAUGGACAAGUUACAUAGUCUCUCUGUGUCUCAAUUUCCUUUUCCACACUAUAGGAAUAAUAAUGUCCCUAUCUUACAGGACUGGAGUAAAGAUUAAAUGAACUAAUAUUUGUGUAGAGUGCUUAUAAUGGGCUUGGAACAUAGAGAGUAUUAUACAAAGGUUUGUUCCUUUUAUUUAAAAUAGAAUCAACUGCUAAACAAUUACUUCAUAUGACCUUCCUUUUUAUUAAUAGAAUAAUUUUAGGCUUAAAAAUCUAAAGUAUAAGGCAACAUAGCAUAGUGGCUCAAAGUGUGACUUAGGGGGUUAUAUAACGUUAUAACUGGGUCUUCACAUCUAGUAAAUGGAGAUAAUAAAUGGAAUUUGACACAUAGAGUUAAUUAUUUAAAUGAGGACUAAAUAAACGAAUAUAAUUAAAGGACUUAGAACAACUCCUGGCACAUAAAAAUAUUCAGUAAAUGUUAACUACUAUUAUUAAGGCAAAAUACAGAAAAGCAAUUAGUAGGCUAAAUUUACUACUCAGUAGUUAGGGACAACCAUAAACUUAAUGUACUAAAAAGUCUUUAAAAUUUAGGUAUAUCAGAAAGAAAAAUUAGACCUUAAAACAUGAGGGCUUAUGCUGCUGCAAUGCCUCCUGAUAGAACAUAGAACUAUCAAGAGCUAGACAUAUGCUCCUCAUGGUCCCAGGAUCAUAAUAUUAUAUAACAAUGAAUGAACGCCCAAACUGGCACACUUGGCUAUAUUUAGCCACAAUUAUUGCAUUUCCAUUUAUUGAGGCUAGCCGUAUCAGAAAGGCCAGUGAAGUCCUUGAGGUCUCAGCCCCCUAUUAGGCUUCAAGUAAAGAUCAGGUGCUCUAUUGAGUUAUUUAAAUUGUCUAGACAAAAGUUUUUUCUAUAUUAAUUUUUUUCUUCAGUAAUUUUAAGUUCUUUAAGAUGCAGUUUUGAUUUUUUUUGAGCUAGAGAACUUAAGAAAAACCCUCUGACACAUAAAAUUAGUACAGACUAAGUAUAUGGACUUGUAUUUGGAUUAGGAUAGUAUUUUUGCCACGAUAUAAAAAUACAUUUUAUAAAUAAGAUCUUCUUGUGUUAAGGGUUGCAGUUUAAGAUGGAUAUUUUUCUUACUUAUAACAGAGAAUAGGUUGAUGUUUACGGAGUUUGUUUUCCAUAAGCCCAGACUAUUUUAAAAUUUUUAUUGUUAUUUGGAAGGGAGGAGUAAAACUCAUGGGGUGAAUAUUUAGACUAAAUUUUUGAAUGACUAACUCUGAAAAACAAUCUAAGACACCCCACCCUACCCCAGGGAAGUUAUCUUUGGGGUUUUUUCUUCAAAAAGGAAUGAGAUUCUUCUUUAAAUUGAUAAGAAAAUUCAAUGUUUUAUCUAUUAAGCCACCACCAGUUAAGGAGUCCAACUUUAGUCAAACUACCUGCAACUCUGCCAAGACCUGAGAAGCUCCUUAUUUUCUGUAUGCCAUCCGUUCAUCUAUGACAUCAGAAAAGCACUGUGCUAGUGCUGAGCCCACAUGGGUGUGAACUACAGUAGGAGUUACAAAUGCCAGCCAUCCUAAGGACUUAGCCUUCAUCCCAGAGCCAGAAGCAUUUCAGGAUUUCCACCACCUGGAAAGAUAUUGUUAUUCCACUUGAAAUGGGCUCUUAGCUAUUGCCCCUUUAAUAAUGCCAGCUAUGACAUGGACAUGGGCUGAUUCGUUAGUAAGAUAACAUACUGUCAUUGCUGGUGAAAAGACCGAAAAAGAUUAUGCAGAUUCUCCUGGAGUGUUACCAAGUAUGGGCCUGUCUCAAUAACCUGUGCUUUCUGAUCCUACAUUGUGACCAAGUCCCACGAAGGCUGACUGUUAAUAACAAGGGAGGAAAAUAGGCAGGCCCAGUGGUGGAAGAAAAAGAGCAUCCUGCCAAAAGAGAAAAAAAGAUAGGCCAGAAUCACUAGGGAAGCUUUUUGUUUCAUAAAAGAGCAUUUGGUUACUCUUGUUUAUAGAUCAUUUUGUAUGUAAAGUGUCUUAAAAAUUGCAAUAACUUUUAUUCCUUAGCAAAUAUUCUUUUUGCAAAUGCAUGGCUAGACAUUAAUUCAUAUAUUUUUUAAUAUUUAAGAAAUUCAACACAACAUUGUAUUAUUGAUGCAAACCCACUUGAUACUAGUAAAUGCUAAACACCUAAUAAUAUUUAAUAAUUGAAAAGAAAUUUAUGGGCAAAUUUAUGAACAAUUUAUUUUAAGUUGAGAAACUCCAGUAUCUUUAAACUAUGUCUAUAUGUCUAAAGAAAAAAAAUCUAAAAGUUAUUAAUGACUGAUAUAACUAGGUGAGUUGAAGCAAACCAGAUCAGAAAAUGACUUUGUCUCAGUGGAGGACUUUUGCUAUUGUUUUAUGUGGCUAAUUGCCUUUUCACUCCCUUUUGUAUAGACACAACCUAAAAAACACCCGAUUUCACCUGUAGUAGUAAGCAGCUGUGUUUCAAUCUUCUGCCCUUUUGGUAAAAUACACAAAUUGCUUUCAGAUGAGUUUCAGAUAUAUUAUACUCUGCCCAUCAUGAGUCAGAUAGGCACUGUGGUAAGUAGAAAGGACAAAAAUAUCCUUUUUGUGUCUGUGAAAGACACAAUUUCUGACCACAGAAUCUUGUAAUAGUAUUGUUUCUGAGACAGGCACAUAAACCGUAAUUUUACUAUAAUGUGAAUAUUACAAGAGAGUUAUGAUACAAAUCUUCCAGGUGAGUCUUGAGAAAUGAAGAAAAUGUCAGAUAGGUACAAAAAGCUGGGAAAGGUGUGUUGGCCAGUGGGGCCAGCAUGAGCAAAUGCAGAACACAAAACACAAUUUAAAAAGCCAGAUUUUCAUAAGGUAAUUGAUAUUUAAUUAUUACCUAGUAUCUCCAUAGCAUAGAGGUGUUUAUUUUGGAAAAAAACAACAAAAACAAAACAAAAAACUAUAUAUCUCUGAUCUAUAGAUAUAGAUAAAUAGAUGUCUCCUUUAUAAGUAGCAGAAGGAUAUUCGAAAUUAAAAUUACGAUGGUUUGGCAUUAAAAUGCUCAAAAUAUAUAUACCUACAUUCUAUAUUUAAUGAUUCAUUUUUAACUGACCUUCACUAGCAGGGCUUCUUAACUGAGAAGUAUCAGUACAUAGAACUAACAAACUAAAUUCUUAUUGGAUCUAAGCUAUCUUUAUGAGCAAGAAUGAUUUUUGCUGAAUUAUACAUUGCUUUAAAAUUACCAUUAAAUUUGAAAUUUCAGAUUCUGGAAAUCAUUUCCCUAGACGUGUGUAUAAAGAGAUAAAACUGAGAGGAGAAUCUGUCACUUGGCAACACUGUUUGGAUCAUGGAUCAAGUGUGUUGAUCCAUGUACCGUAAAGACUGGAGACAGCAUAAACUUGGGGGUUGUUCUAUCAAGCCACAGGUCAUUUUUCAGAAUCUAGACGUGAUAACUGAAUAUAUUUCUACAGAUUUCUACAUCAAUUUUGCAGCAGCAUUUAUAUCAGGAAACAUAAAUAAUUUAUCUUUGUUAAUAAUAAACAUCCGGUUUUUUGUUCCUCACGUAUGUGUUCAUAGCAAAAGGAAAGGUUAAGACCCAGACAUACUGUCGCAAAUGUGUAUGAGUAUUGUUUCUGGACUGGCACCAAAAACACUAUGCCUUUUGAUUUUUAAACAGCCAGUCAUUUUGAGAUAGUCACUGAAAACAGAUUUGGCCAGAAUAGCAAAGUAUAGACGCAGCUUAAUACUUUGUUUAUGCACAAAGCUGCAAACAAAAAGAUAUAGGCAAAAAACCUGCUUUUCAAUACAAAUAUUCUAUUAAAGUAAAAAAAAAAUAAUUUUAUUAACAAAAGUAUAAUUUUGUUAGUUUGAAUUCCUCACAUAAUUACUUGAUUUCUUCAAAAUCUUUUUAGUGCAUAAACACAGUCAAGGCAAACAUAUAAAAUGUGUUUUCUAAUCCAUGAAAGUGAGAAUUCUGCAAAACCACUUUGCAUUAUAGAUACAAUUUAAUAGAUAUCAUCAGUUAUGGUUUAUUGUCAGAGCCACUAAUAAUUCUUCCAUAAGGUUAUAUCUAUUGGUAAGAAGAUUAAAAAUUGGAAAUGCUGGUAGAUAAAAUGCUGUGGUUAAUAUGUCGUGGUAAAUGAUAUCAGGAAGCACAUAGAAUUCUUGAUAAAGAGCAAGAAAAUUCAAAAGACUAAUUUGGUGACCUAAAUACUAAUCCUUCUGCUUAUGUAACCAUUGCAGGUUAAUGUGUUUGGAGCACUAAAUACGACUUCAGUGCUUGCUCAUUUGAUUGUACAAUUUAUUCUAUUUGUAUUUCUAGUUUUAUUUCAGCUUCAUGCCUGAGAACAUCUCUUGAUUUAUUAGUCUUGCUUGGGAUUACUACUUUAAAAAAUUGAUUGCAUUUAUAGUGAUAGUAAUAGUAAUAAUAAUAAUAGUCUUAAAAAAGACCGAAAAGUAAUUUGAGCACUAAUAAUAAGUAAUUGUUUGCGCCCCAAUUUUUUAUAUCUUCUCAAAUAGAGAGUAAAUUGACUGAUAUCUUCUGGAAACAUGUGCCGCUGAAAAGCCAAAACACAAUUGAAGUGCAUGUUUGCAAUCUCCUCGUUCCUCAAAUCCCAUGGAUGUCCAAAACUAGAACCUUUCUUUGAUUCACGUAGGAUAUUCUGACUAAGUCAGAGAGAUGCUGGUGAAUGCUUUCCAAGAUUUCUUUUAUUAUAAAGUGAAUGGAAAGGACAUUUAAUAAUGCUAUACCUGCCUGAAAAAAAUGCCAGCUUUCAUUAAGUCAGUGGCAAUUAAAUGCAACACUUGGCAAAUAAAUUGAACAAAGCAUCUGGCUAGCCUGUAAGUAUGAAUCAUCUUCAAUGGAAGUACCAAAUUAUAGUAAAAAAAAAUAAAGGGAUAUAAAAAGGAAAAUAAAAUUCAGACAUGAUUAGGGCCAUGAGUAAAAAUAAUCCAAGUUGAUAUGUGGCAACUUGUAAUGCAGCAUAAUUUUAGAAAAUUAUUUAGUGAUUGUAUAAAUGUGACAUGCCUGAAAAAUGUUAAUUAAACUGGUUUACACAAUG